GGGACGGGCUCCUCAUUGGCCCAGCUGUCGGAGCCGCUCCUCCGCUUCUUCUUACGGGUUGAGUCGACAGUUUGUUCCAGCUCACAAAAGUGCCUCUGAAAUUCCCCAAAGCUGCGCGGUGGAAAGUUUUCCCCCAAGCCAAUAAAUUAUACGUGUUACCCAGACAAAGCGUGAAGCCAGAACACAGAGAAGACUCGGGGGAAGCUUUGUGAGAAGAAGAGCAGAGAAGUCAACACCAGCAGCGGGACUCCUGGAAACUCCACUCCACUAGGGGACCGUGCACUCUCUCUCUCUCACAUGAUGGAGAAGCCUGCUCUGGGUUCCAGUGAGGAGAGAACCUGGCUGGGAGAGAGCCAGUCUGAGGUCCAGCUUGCAACCACUCCUGACCCAACAGAGCCAAAUGAUGACGAUCGACCGGCCUGGGAUUCUAAAAUCCAGUAUGUGUUGGCUCAGGUGGGCUUCAGCGUGGGCUUGGGGAACGUCUGGAGGUUUCCGUACCUUUGCCACCAAAAUGGAGGAGGGGCCUUUAUGCUUUUGUAUGUUUUUCUUUUACUGAUUGUGGGAGUCCCCCUGUUUUUCAUGGAGCUGGCAGCUGGCCAAAGUAUUCGACAGGGAAGCAUUGGCGUAUGGAAGCACAUCUCUCCGAAGCUGGUGGGGAUCGGCUACUCCAGCUGUGUGGUUUGUUUUUAUGUAGCUCUUUACUAUAACGUCAUCAUUGCAUGGAGUCUUUUCUACCUGGGAAAUUCCUUCCAGUAUCCUCUGCCAUGGGAACAGUGCCCCAUUGAUGGAGGCACCAAUGAAACAGUAAAGGAAUGUGCGAGUAGCUCUCCAACGCAGUAUUUCUGGUUCAGGAAAGCGCUGCACAUCACCAAUUCGAUAGAGGAAUCUGGAGAGUUUAACCCCAUCAUGACGGGAUGCUUGCUGGCUGCUUGGGCGAUCGUGUCGCUGGCUAUGAUCAAGGGCAUCAAGUCCUCUGCAAGGGUGAUGUACUUUUCCUCAGUUUUUCCCUAUCUGGUGCUCUUCAUUUUCCUCAUCAGAGGGAUGUUAUUGGAUGGAGCCAUAGAUGGAAUCACAUAUAUGUUUUAUCCCAAACUUGAGAUUUGGGGGAACGUACAGGUGUGGCGCCAGGCAGCUACACAGGUGUUUUUUGCAUUGGGUCUGGGCUAUGGCUCUGUCAUCGCAUAUUCCUCCUACAAUCCAGUCCACAACAACUGCCACAGGGAUACCCUGAUGGUCUCCAGCAUCAACUUUAUGACAUCCGUACUGGCCUCACUGGUGGUUUUUGUGGUGCUGGGUUUCCGGGCCAAAACCAUCGCCCUCCAUUGUGUUGCUGAAAAUCUUGGUGUGCUAAAUCUCAUGUCCUCUAAUGGAUCCAGCCAGGACUGGUGGCCUUGGUUCAACGUUACGGAUCCGAGUUCUGUGUCUUUACCUGAAUACAGACAGUGGUACCAUGAGCACGGCUCCACUCUGGGUCCUCAGUUCACUGACUGCAAUUUGGAGGAGGAGAUGAACAAGGGCGUUGAGGGGACGGGCCUGGCAUUCAUAGCGUUCACUGAAGUCAUGGCCCUCUUCCCGGCCAGCCCCUUCUGGUCCACGCUGUUUUUCCUGAUGCUCCUCAACCUGGGCCUGAGCACCAUGUUCGGGACCAUGCAGGGAAUCCUCACGCCUCUCAUGGACAACUUUAAACUCCUGGGCCGCCAUCGGACCCUUCUCACCGUGUUCAGCUGUGCUUUGGGAUUCAUAAUUGGAUUAUUGUUCACCCAGCGAUCUGGCAAUUAUUUUGUGACGAUGUUUGACGACUACUCUGCAACACUACCUCUUGUUAUUGUUGUGAUUUUCGAAACAAUCAGUGUGGCAUGGGUUUACGGCACAGAUCGUUUCCUGGAUGAUAUUGAACUCAUGCUCAAGUGGCGCCCUCCAGUGGUGUACAAAUAUCUGUGGAAAUACGUGUGUCUGCUGGCAAUGGUUGGUCUCCUUGCUGCCAGUUUACUGCGAAUGGUUUUCAAGGGACCCACGUACACUGCCUGGAAUCAGACCGCAGCCUCUGAGACGACUCUGGAGUACCCAGGCUGGGCCCUGGCUAUGAUCGUCAUGCUCAUCGUGUUCGCCAGCCUGCCUGUGCCCAUCGGUUACAUCCACUCCACGCUGAAAAACCGCUCCGCCCUCGACGUCCCCCCCCUGCAGGGCCCCGGCCCCGAGGUGCACCGCGAGCUGUACACCAAGUGCAACUCCACCGAUCAGCUGGACUCCAACUCACAUCCGGCCCCCUGUGAGGAAGACGGGGUUCGUCCCAGGACUUCCUUCCUGCCGGUGGGCAACGAGCAGUACCAGCUCCUUCCACAGCAGGAGGAGGAGGACGGGGAAGAAGAGGAGGAGGCAGAUACUGGAGUGUGAGGGGGGAUAUUCAAGCUGAUCAAAUUUUGGACUGUGAUGAGAAAAGGAGAGAGCAGUACAGACUAAAGUGAGAACAGUCCAUUACAGUAUAUAUUUUUCUGUCUGAAUAAUUAUAUGUUUUAUAUCUUUAUUCAAACAUUAGUGUCAAUAAGCCAAAAACAUUUUAAGUAUUUAAGAAAGAAAUCCAACUCCUCCUUGUGGUUCCCUACUCCACUUUUUGAACCACAUUUAAACUGACUGAAGAGAAAGAUGCAACUUCUUUUGACCUUCAUAACUUCAUGUGGGAGUCAUAACUGAGCUGGUGGUCAAUCAAGCCACCAGUCGGGAACGAGGAGUCUGUUUUUAGAUAAAUAAGGCAUUAACUAUAUUUUGAGAAACUGAGAUGUUUGCAUGUCUGCAUAUGACAGUGGUUUUAGUGUGUCUGUGUGAAACUGCACAGGGAUUUAACCGUUUUGACUUUUCUAAUCAGUGUUUUCAGACUAGAGAGGCUGAAAGAAUGAAGCUGCACAUUUUAACAUCUUGGCAGGAAAAAAGAUCAAACUUUACUUUGAAAGUUUGGGGUUUACUCACCUUUUGCUUCAGGGAGGAUUCCCCUCACCCUAGAGCAGGAGUUAUUCCUACUACUGCUGAAAUAAUUCAAAAUAUUAUUUGUAUUAUUAUUAUUAAAACAAUGUAUUCUAAAUACUGUUGACUAUUACAGUUGUGAUUACAUUUGUGAUUUGUAUUUAUUGUUAUUUUAUUAAAAUACACAGACAUAUUAGAAAUACCUUAUUACCACCCAUUACCUUUAUCUGUAGUGUUCAAGAAUACAUGCUCAUUCUACAAUUUCCCAUUUUGUUGUUUAAAAGAGCAACAAACAGCUGAAUUUAUUUUUCCUCUAGGCCAUACAGUGUGGUAGCAUCCUUUCAGCCAGCUGAUCAGUAGUGUGCAGCAGCAACAUUCCAGCUCUGUCUCUGGCAUCUGGUUAACAAAGACUUGAAAUUGUAGUGACCCGAAUGUCUUAGUGGUUGUGAAAGUAACUUUAAAUCUUAAAUAUAUUUUUGUCUAAUUGUUGACAAAUCACACAAAACACUUUUUUCAGUAUUAGACAUUUUCUGUUGAAAUGAGAUCUGGACUUUUUGCUGUCUAUAUGAAGUUGACGUGCGUUCCAGAGGAACGACUGUAACGCUCUUAGCUCAGCAGAACGAUACGUUAUCAUCUGGGGAAAUUAUUUCAUCAUCAACAACAUGAAAUAACCCAACAUUGUUGCAGAACAGUAACUGUGAGAAAUGUGCUUGUUUUUUUCCAGUCUUUCUGUGUUUCGACACAGGAUUUUAGUGGUUUGCUGGGCUUUGAGUGUUUUUCUUUUUUUGUCAAAUGUUUUUGGUUAUGAGGAAAAUGUGAAAUCUUAUUGGUGUCGACAAAUAUUGAGAUAUUUGAACCUUCUGUCUCUCAUUUCUUCUGUGGCUUUUCUGUUUUCAGUGCAUGUUGCUGGAGCUUUCACUUUUGUCUUAUUGGUCAGUCUGUAUUUUUUUCUUAUCCAGCCUUUCUAGAUUGUUUGUCCAGCCAGUUUAUAAAAACAAAAAAAAAACAUUUUCCUUUCUAUUGUUUCAUCUCCUGUUUUCUGCAGACUCAUUUGCAUAAUUAGACAUAUUCAUGCAUUUGUUUCAGAAAUACAGAUUGCAGGGGAACUCCAUCAUUUUUCUUCCAUAUUGAGUGAUUUCGUUUGCUUUUUUGUUUGUUUUUUUUCUUGUAGCCUUGUUAGGAAAAUGAAUGUAACAUUAGUAAACUGGUGAUUUCAUCUUUUUUACAAGGAAUUGUUCUGCUGAGAAGUCUUUCUCUGAAAAAAGACAACCAGCAGCAAUAGUUUUGUGUUUUUCUGUCAGAUCAGGAUGAUUUGAGUGCUUCUCUUCUGAAUGGGUUUGCUUUUGAAAUAAAAAAUAAUAAUGUGACAGUAAGACAGCAACUUUAGUUUAGCUUUGAUUUUACCUGGUAAGAUCACACAAGUUUCUACGUGUACAGUGGCGUUGUGCUCAAAAAUGAAAGUGUUUCUGCACCACAAUGUGCAGAAACAAAUCAAAUUCUCCCAGGGCCCUUAAAUGUGAAAACAGAUUCAAACAAAUGACAAAGCUCAUUUUUGUUCCACCUCAAGCUUCUUUGAAAAGUCACCAUCUCCAUCAUCAUUUCAAGAAUUUGAUAUUGUAAUUCAUGCUUUUAUUUAUUCUACAUCAAUUCUUUGCACGCUGUUUGCAAUCUUUGAGUUUGUGCUUGCAGGCUGCUCACAUUGCAGCUGGAUGUAUUGUUAAAUACAAGAAACUUUUGUUACGUCUGGUUUAGAAAAGACUUCCAGCCUUUUCCACUCACAAAAAGCCAGAGAUCUGUGACUUUCAGGUGAAAAUUUUUGAGAAAUGAAAAAGUUCACGUCACAGUGAUGUUACACCAUGAAAGUGUUCCGUUUUAGGAGAAAACUAAAUAUGAUUUCCUCCUCUCUAGCAGUGUAAUGAAACAAAAGUCAGUGAAAGUGGUGGAUAUUCCACAAUGAAAAAUGCCAAUGUCUCAAAACGUUUCAUGUGCCCAAUGAGCAUCGAUUACAGCUUGACAACAGCACCUCUUGCUGCUCUUCAGCAAACGUGUUGUGUACAAAUGGUCAGUGUGAUGGGCAGCCUUCAGGUCACGAGCCUCCUGGGGCCUCAGAUCUUCCUAUAUGUUUUCUGUGGUUUAGAUUAUAGCAAGUUAUUAUAAAAAAAAUAUAUUAUAAUAACGGUAACAUUGUACAGAUGUACAUGUGUAUUCAAAACUGACUUAAUUCACCUUAUGUGUAAAUUAUUCCAAACUAUGUAUACAUAUAAAAAAGCAACUUAUUCAGUUUUAUAAGCAGGUGAAUAAA